UUUUCGUUUCCAUUGAGAGUGUGAGAGAUCGAAGAUGCCGCGGACGACGACGGAGGCGAAGGAGAUGGCAGUGCGCCGCCAGCUGCUGCCGGGACCGGCUGAUCGCCCGCGCACAGCUCACAACAUGUCCUCCUCCUCCCUCCGCAAGAGGUCCGACGGCUCCCUCAUCAACAAGGUGCCCUGCGCCGCCCUCCGCGCCUUCCUCGCCAACCUCAACGAGGUCCUCCUCGCCACCAAGCUCUUCCUCCUCCUCCCCGCCGUCCUCCUCGCCGUCGCCGCCGCUUACCUCCACUUCGGACAGGUGUGGGUGUUCGUGCUGAGCUUAAUCGGCCUCGUCCCUCUUGCCGAGAGGCUCAGCUUCCUCACCGAGCAGAUUGCAUUUUACACCGGGCCAACUGUGGGUGGAAUUCUGAACGCGACAUUUGGCAACGUGACGGAGGUGAUCAUCGCGUUGUUUGCGCUGCGAGAGAGGAAGAUUGAGGUGGUGAAAUGCUCCCUGCUGGGAUCCAUCCUCUCCAACCUGCUGCUCGUCCUCGGCACCUCCCUCUUCCUGGGCGGCGUCACCAACCUCGCCGCCCACCAACCCUUCGACAGGAAGCAAGCGGACGUCAACACCGCGCUCCUCAUCCUCGGCGCCCUCUGCCACUCGCUGCCGCUCAUGCUCCGCUACGCCGUCGCCUCCGGCGAGCACGCCCUUGUCUCCGGCGCCGCAGCGCUGGACCUGUCCCGUGCCUGCAGCAUCGUCAUGCUCCUCGCCUACCUGGCCUACCUCUUCUUCCAGCUCAAGACGCAUCGCCAGCUGUUUGACCCCCAAGAGGUUGAGGAUGAUGACGAUGAUUCAGUGACCAUCUCUCAAGACGAACCAGUGCUGGGAUUCUCAAGUGCGAUGAUUUGGCUGGCUCUCAUGACUCUCGUCACUGCACUGCUAUCAGAGUAUGUUGUGACCACAAUUGAGGCGGCCUCACAAUCUUGGGAAUUAUCAGUGAGCUUCAUCAGCAUCAUUUUGCUUCCCAUCGUUGGGAAUGCAGCGGAGCAUGCUGGUGCUGUCAUUUUUGCUCUCAAGAACAAGCUGGAUAUCACCCUGGGAGUGUCUCUGGGCUCUGCCACGCAGAUCUCCAUGUUCGUGGUGCCAUUGAGUGUGGUGGUAGCCUGGACGAUGGGGAUCCCAAUGGAUCUUGAUUUCAACUUGCUAGAGACUGGAUCUCUGUUUCUAGCAAUAUUAGUGACUGCCUUCACCCUCCAGGACGGAGAAUCGCAUUAUCUGAAGGGAUUGGUUCUUAUCCUUUGCUACGCUGUCAUUAGCGUGUGCUUUUUUGUUAUAAGACGACGCGCAGAUGACAACCAGCUGGACGGUGUACGAUGGAUCAUGGAGCAUUAGUUAGCUAGAGUAUAGUAGUAAUUAAGCAGCACAAGCAGAGAUGAAAUGGUGCCGUUGGGCCGUACGUGUGGGCUCCUGAGGAGGAGACCGUCAGCCUGCCUAGUUGAAACUCUUCCUCCAUUUCCAGACGACGAUGAUGAUGAUAAUAGAUAGAUCAGAUAGGUUAUUAGUAGGUGAUAGGUAGGUCGCCAUCCAUCCCGCUCGAUUCGCUACGCGCCAAUUACGCCACUAACCACAACCCAUAUUAUAUACAUACCCACACUCCCCACCACCACCACCUUUGAUUAUUUCUUACCACCAACUGUCUUCUCCCUCUGUCCGAUAAUAUACAAUAACAUGUCAAGCUUUUUAACAGAUAAUUUUAAUUAAUUGGGAUGAAAAAAAAUAAAUGAAAUGUUCUUUUGAGACGGAGAGAGUGAUGUUUCCUUGUUGUGAUAGCUUAAUCUGCACUACAGAUACGGAGAAAGCAUGCAUAUUGUUUGACCUGGUCUUGGUCCUCGACCGACCGAUCAAAGUAUGCAUCCAAAAAGAAUUAAUGGUGGUUGAAAAAGAAGCAGGCCAGGGCCGUUAACGCGUUCUAAAUUUUUA